AUAAUAAACUUUCGAAAGUUGUUGAAAAUUAAAUAAAGUCACCUGAGAUUGACCACUACUCAUUAUGAAUAACUACAAGUUUAUAUUACAACAUCCUAUAUUAAAAUGUUAUGAGAAAUGAAGUUCAAUUUUGAAUAAUUUUAAGGAGCAAAUGUACUUCUUCUGGUGGAAUGACCAUAAACUUCCAUAGAGAAAUAAAGAGCUUUUACUCACUUUAUUAGAAUAACCGUUCUUCUUUGUGACCUCAUUUAACAUCUGCUUUCUAAUCCUAUUUUUUAAAGAUAUUUUUUCUUUAUUGCAACGUAUUCAAGUUCUAAACUGACCAAUCAGAUGCCUCAGCAAAAGCUUGUGGUGCCCACUGGCCCCGCCUCCAACCUUUGAAUGACAGAUGCUAUCGAACCUCUUUCAGUGGGAGGGGCGUGGGCUUCCAAGAAGCUCACUCAUGAUUGGUGACGGUCGAUGCCAUAGAAACGAUGACUCAGACCGACUCGGACCAAUCACCAUCAAUUGGCUUCAAAUGGCGGCGUCCGUCAAUGGCAACUGAAUUGACUUUAUUUCGCUGGAGCCAGAGGCAUUUUUUAUGGGUGACGUCAGAGCUGAUUGAUGAUUACCUGAAUGAUGGAACAAACCCAGACUCUGUGGAGUAGCUUCAAUAAAAGUAAUAGAGGGAGAUUCUCAAAACACCAUUCUUUUUACCUUUCCUCUUCUUUUCUGUUUCUUCUCUCAUUCCUCUCUGAUCUUCUCCUUGAGUUCCUCUUAUUUUUCCUCUUUUUCCUGUUUUGUCUUCCUGCACAUUGAUUUUGUUGUUGUUUACAUUGUUAGAUUUUUGUGAGAUAGUUUCCGUUUUAUUUUCUUUUAUUGCAGUUACAUGGUAAAGAUCACAGAUAUCUACACUUCUUUUUUAUCUCUUCAAAGAGUUCCUGUCUGCUGGAUAACUUGCUGUUGACAGAAUAUUCUAUUGCUGCUGAGAGAUGGGGGGUGCACUCUCACAUGAGCAGUCUUACCAUUUUAGUGAUAAAAAUGAUAAUAAAUAAUAAUGGAAAAUAUUUUUUUUGUUUUGUUUUUUAAAUAGGAUUUUUAAACGAUUGCAGCAAUCACCAUAUGCAGUGUUCUGAUUGGCUGUCCCCCUUUCAGGGUCCUGUGACUGUGCCGUCGAUAAACAUAAUGAGCAAGAGGCGAAGCGAGCUAGAGGGUCGACUCAACGGCCUGCUGUCCCGCAUCGCCAUGGAAACACAGGAAAUUAAAGAGCUGGAGCAGCUGCUGACUGAUGGUCAGAUUUUGGCGAACGAGAUUCUAAAGAGGGAUUUGGAGGGAGUAAUCUGUGGAUUUGAGAAGUACCUCGGAGAGCUUAGACAACAGGCUCAGUCCUCUCAGCAGCAAGUGGACAGCCUGCAGUCUGAAAACCAGACUCUGCGGCUCCACCUGGAGGAGGCUCGGAGACGCUGCAGGCAGCUGGAGCACAGACACACACAGGAGAUCUGCUCUUUUCGAGAGGAAGUUCAGCGACUUCAGGCCCAGCUAGUCCAGAACCAAGCACAGUAUAACAGGACCAAACCGGACCAGAUUACAGCUGGAGAGGACCGACUUGCAGACAGCUUGGAUCACAAACCCAGACUACAGGUCCAACUGAAGCAAGACCAGAACUGGAGGCUGGAGCAGGAGCUGCAGAGGCAGAGCAGACACGGACUCUGUCGGCAGAAGCUGGAGGUGGAGCUGGAGCGGAGUCGUGCUGAACUUCAGGCUGUCCAGCAGGAGCGAGACGUUCUGCAGCAGCAGAUGGACUCGCUGGCCGAUGACCAUCAGAGGAGACUCGGCCACCUCAACAGAAGAGUACGGCAGCUCAGGAGGUCCAUGAGCGAUGCGGAUCAGCUGACAGCAGAGCAGCUGAGAGCCCUGAACUACAGGAUGGAGCUGCUGCAGACUCAGCAGGUGUGUGCCGACAGCUGUGAACACAAAAGACGAGAGAAGAAGAAGAAGCUGAGACUGGAAGCCUCAGAGCAGCAGCACCGACGACAUGGGAGUGUGCUGCAGGUCUGCGAUGAGGUGGAGUGUGUGGAGAAAACCCUGCUGAAGAGGCGAGCGGAGCUGCGAGAAGCUGACCGCCGGCUGCUGGAGGCUCAGCGCUGCGUGCACGCCACCAGAGACCAGGCUGCUGAGCUGCAGAGCAGAGUUCAGAACAGCGCCACCUGUCUGCUGGAAGCCGCCAAGCACCUCCGGACGCUCCAGGAGGAGGAGCAGCAGCUGCUGGGGAGCAGGCAGAAGGAGCAGCAGGCUCUUGUGGAGGUGGAAGAGAUGCUGAGGAGGAGAACGGAGGAGCUCCAGCAGCUGACCAUGAGGACUGACGCAGCAGCAGACAGACUGGCUGACGUGCUGUCAGACUGCCAGGAGGCUCAGAGGCGUCUGGACUCACUCACCUGUCAGAAGAAACAGAAUCAGAAACUCCUCUUUCAGGAGGAGCGGCGAGGAGCUCAGAGCGGGGAGGGAGAGCGAAGACUCGCUGCCCUGAAGGCGGAGCUUAUCACGCAGCGAGCAGAACUGCUGGAGCAGCAGGCACUGACGGGUGUGGAAAACAAACAUACCCAGAGGAAGGAGGCGCUCCAACAGGAAGUGGGAAACAAAAGAGAAGAAGCUGCAUCUCAUCUCCACACUGCCAGCCAGCAUCAGGAACUGCUAACAUUAUCAAACGCCGUUUGAGAACCACCUGUCCAGUCUGUGGCCCGCCUCCAACGCCGCCACAGAGGAACUCCCGGUGUGUGUCGGGGGGCUGAGGUCCGUUCUUCAGGUUUCACACCGCUGUCUGACUGGCAGUCCAGCUGCAUCAUUUCUCCAUCGCCGCUGCCAGGCAACCAAGGACGUCUGAGCUGCAGCAGCUGCUGUCGACCUGCUGGAGGAGGAGCUGAGACAGCAGAGGGAGUGAAAAUCCAGGACAUUCCAGGUGGAUUUUCUCAAAGAGCUCAUCGUGUCUCAAACUAAUGCUGCUGUAAUGCUGCUGCAGAGUCCAGUAAAGGUCACUCCAACAGGAACGAGCAGACAGGAAGUCCUGAGCUGUGAUUGACUGUCAGACCGCUCCUGGUGAGCCCCACCUGCCGUCAGGGAAUGCAUGACAAUAUAAACAUGUAAUCUGUUUUGUAAAUGUCAUUCAUGUGUUUAAUUCUAAUCUUUUUUAUCCUUCAAUGUCUGUGCUUUGUGCAUUUCCAGUUCAGUUACAGCGUAGGCUGUGGUGCAGCGUCGACCUCUGCCUCAGCAGAUUGUGCAGUCCCAUACACACUGCUCGUGUCUUUAAGUAACUCAGUGUAUGCUGAUAACAUCAUGUUUUAUUUAAAACUUUUAUAGAUGUUAUUACAUGUCCUCAUUUUCAU